AUGGCGGCGGCGGCGGCGGCGACCGACCAGCGGCCUGAGACCCUGGCGCCCGAGGAAGCUACGAGUCCGCCGCAGUGGGUACCGGUUCGGGCGGCGACCUCCCAAGGCGAUGGCGAGGAAGACGCGCCCGUGCGGCCGCUGUGCAAGCCGCGGGGCAUCUGUUCGCGCGCCUACUUCCUGGUGCUGAUGGUGUUCGUGCACCUGUACCUGGGCAACGUGCUGGCGCUGCUGCUCUUCGUGCACUACAGCAACGGCGACGAGAGCUCCGACCCCGGGCCCCAGCGCAGAGCCCCAGCACCUCGGCCGGCGCCGACCUUGGGUCCCCUCACCCGGCUGGAGGGCAUCAAGGUGGGGUACGAGCGUAAGGUCCAGCUGGUCACCGACAGAGAUCACUUCAUCCGAACCCUCAGCCUCAAGCCGCUGCUCUUCGAAAUCCCGGGCUUCCUGAGUGACGAGGAAUGCCGGCUCAUCAUCCACCUGGCCCAGAUGAAGGGGUUGCAGCGCAGCCAAAUCUUGCCCACUGAAGAGUACGAGGAAGCAAUGAGCACGAUGCAGGUCAGCCAGCUGGACCUUUUCCGGUUGCUGGACCAGAACCGUGAUGGUCGCCUGCAGCUCCGAGAGGUCCUGGCCCAGACUCGCCUGGGAAGUGGACGGUGGAUGACUCCAGAGAACAUUCAAGAGAUGUACUCUGCGAUCAAGGCAGACCCGGAUGGUGAUGGAGUGCUGAGUCUGCAGGAGUUUUCCAACAUGGACCUCCGAGACUUCCAUAAGUACAUGAGGAGCCAUAAGGCGGAGUCCAGUGAGCUGGUGCGGAACAGCCACCACACAUGGCUCUAUCAGGGUGAGGGUGCCCAUCACGUCAUGCGUGCCAUCCGCCAGAGGGUGCUGCGCCUCACGCGCCUGUCCCCGGAGAUCGUGGCGCUCAGUGAGCCACUGCAGGUUGUGCGAUAUGGUGAGGGAGGCCACUACCAUGCCCACGUGGACAGCGGGCCUGUGUACCCGGAGACCAUCUGCUCCCAUACCAAGCUGGUAGCCAACGAAUCGGUGCCCUUCGAGACUUCCUGUCGCUACAUGACAGUGCUGUUUUAUUUGAACAACGUCACCGGUGGGGGCGAGACUGUCUUCCCUGUAGCAGACAACAGAACCUACGAUGAAAUGAGCCUGAUUCAGGAUGACGUUGAUCUACGGGACACUCGAAGGCACUGUGACAAGGGGAACCUGCGUGUCAAGCCCCGGCAAGGGACUGCAGUCUUCUGGUACAAUUACCUGCCUGAUGGGCAAGGUUGGGUGGGUGAAGUGGACGACUACUCGUUGCACGGGGGAUGCCUGGUCACACGCGGCACCAAAUGGAUCGCCAACAACUGGAUCAACGUGGACCCUAGCCGGGCACGGCAAGCCCUGUUCCAGCAGGAGAUGGCCCGCCUGGCCCAGGAAGGUGGCGCCGACUCGCAGCCCGAGUGGGCCUUGGACCGGGCCUACCGUGAUGCGCGCGUGGAACUGUGAGGGGGGGAGGGGACGGUCAGCUUCGAGUGGGCAGCUGUCCAGCGUCGUCGUCGUCGUCGGGCCCCUGCUGGCUCUUGUCUUACUGCAGACUAAAAGUUCUACCCCUGCCUGCAGCCGCGACUCCGGGCGCGGUUCCUAUAUUCACGUUAUUUAUUGUGUGCACAGCCCCCAUGCUGCUCGGUCAAAUAAAACCGCAGGGCUUCGA